CCGUGCUGUGUCAGAGCCCACUUACUUUUGAUUGUAUCAAUCAUCCUCUGGAUGCAGCAACACGGCUCGGAGAACGCUCGCAGGUCCUGUUCUGAAUGAGCUCCGCUCGCUGCCAGCUCAGCCUAGUUACUGCUGGAACUUAGUCUGGGGGAUGGGAGAAAAAGGUUGCUGCUACUUUAAAUAUAAUGCAUUAAGAGGAUGCUGGAAAAAGGCCUGCAUGCUGUAAUACCCAGCCAUCGAGUUGGAAAAGGAGCCAGAUGUAAUACAAAAGAAGAAACACAGCCUCUUAUGGAUGCUGCACUAAUUCAUAAAUCAGGUGAAUCAGCUUAGGCAACUGCUGUGUUUUUAUGCCUCUGCUGCAUGGAGAACUGCAUGUUGGAUGCUUUUAUUUGAAGUAAUGGAACCAGAUAAUCCUUUGGACCAGGACAACUCCAAUGAGUCCCCCCCGGAGAGGUGUGGGCAGAGGCGCAGCAUGCCCAGCGGCAUCGCGGACAAGAACCCCGCCAUGGAGCCCGCGGCCACGACACCCUUCCGGGUCACGGGGUUCCUCAGCCGCCGGCUUAAAGGCUCCAUCAAAAGGACAAAGAGCCAGCCGAAGCUCGACAGGAACAGCAGCUUCCGCCACAUCUUACCUGGCUUCAGGAGUGUGGACCAUGAAAGAUCCCAUCUAAUGCCGAGGCUGAAAGAAUCGCGCUCCCACGAGUCCUUGCUCAGUCCCAGUAGUGCUGUUGAGGCUCUGGAUCUCAGUAUGGAGGAGGAGGUGGUCAUCAAGCCAGUCCACAGUAGCAUCCUGGGACAAGACUACUGCUUUGAGGUGACGACUUCAUCAGGAAGUAAGUGCUUCUCGUGUCGUUCUGCAGCAGAGCGAGAUAAAUGGAUGGAAAACCUGCGGCGUGCCGUGCACCCAAAUAAGGACAACAGCAGAAGGGUGGAGAAUAUGUUAAAGUUAUGGAUUAUCGAAGCCAAGGACCUGCCAGCUAAGAAAAAGUACUUGUGUGAAUUAUGCCUGGACGAUGUUCUUUAUGCACGAACUACCUGUAAAUUGAAAACUGAUAAUGUCUUCUGGGGGGAGCACUUUGAAUUUAAUAACCUCCCAUCGCUCAAAAACAUUACGGUGCACUUGUACAAAGAGACCGACAAGAAGAAGAAGAAGGACAAGACCAACUUCAUCGGGCAGGUGAACAUCCCCGUCAGCUCCGUCACGGGCCGGCAGUUCGUCGAGAAAUGGUACCCGGUGGUGAGCCCCAACCCCGGCAAGGGCAAGUCCCCGGGGCCCAUGAUCCGCAUCAAAUCCCGCUACCAGAGCAUGAGCAUCCUCCCCAUGGAGAUGUACAAAGAGUUUGCCGAGUACAUCACCAACAAUUACAUGGUGCUGUGCUCGGUGCUGGAGCCCUCGCUGAGCGUGAAGAACAAGGAGGAGAUGGCGUCGGCGCUGGUGCACAUCCUGCAGAGCACGGGCAAGGCCAAGGAUUUCUUGACUGACCUGAUGAUGUCUGAAGUUGAUCGCUGUGGUGAGAAUGAGCAUCUCAUUUUCAGGGAGAACACACUGGCCACCAAAGCAAUCGAAGAAUACCUGAAGCUGGUGGGGCAGAAAUACUUGCAAGAUGCCUUAGGGGAAUUUAUCAAGGCACUGUAUGAAUCGGACGAAAAUUGUGAGGUGGAUCCCAGCAAGUGUUCGUCCUCAGACCUUCCCGAACAUCAGGGCAACCUGAAGAUGUGCUGUGAGCUGGCCUUCUGCAAGAUCAUCAACUCCUACUGCGUCUUCCCAAGGGAGCUCAAAGAAGUUUUUGCCUCGUGGAGACAGGAGUGCAGCAACCGUGGCCGCCCCGACAUCAGCGAGCGCCUGAUCAGCGCAUCACUGUUCCUGCGCUUCCUGUGCCCGGCCAUCAUGUCCCCGUCCCUCUUCAGCCUCCUGCAGGAGUACCCGGACGACCGCACGGCGCGCACCCUGACCCUCAUCGCCAAGGUCACCCAGAACCUCGCCAACUUCGCCAAGUUUGGCAGCAAAGAGGAAUACAUGUCCUUUAUGAAUCAGUUCCUGGAACAUGAGUGGACUAACAUGCAGAGGUUUCUCCUGGAGAUUUCCAAUCCUGAAACCAUCUCAAACACAGCUGGCUUUGAGGGCUACAUCGACCUGGGCCGGGAGCUGUCCACAUUGCACUCACUACUCUGGGAAGUCAUUUCCCAACUGGAGCAGGGCACUGCCACAAAGCUGGGCCCCCUGCCCCGGAUCCUGCGGGACGUCAACGCCGCGCUCAGCAACCCGGCCUGCCUGCAGCUCUCGGUCACGGCCGACCACGCCGCGUCCACGCCCAGCGCUGGCAACAGCAUCUCUGCAGGGCUCCAGAAAAUGGUGAUAGAGAAUGACCUCUCUGGUCUGAUAGAUUUCACACGGUUACCAUCUCCAACCCCUGAAAACAAGGACUUGUUUUUUGUCACAAGGUCUGCUGGGGCCCAGCCCUCGCCUGCCCGAAGCUCCAGUUACUCAGAGGCCAAUGAGCCCGACGUGCAGAUGUCUAAUGGCAGCAAGAGUUUGUCCAUGGUGGACUUGCAGGACAAUCGGCUCUUGGACAGUGGGGCCAACGCGCCCGGCACGGCCGACUCCCUCAAUGACAGUCAGUCGUCCCUGGGGCAGUUGCAGGGCGUGUGGAGCACACGGACUCAGCAGAACAGCGUGACGGGCAUGGCCACCGUGCGCCGGGUGGGCCAGACGCCCACCACGCCGAGCGGCGAGAGCGCGCCGGGGCGGCCGCAGCUGCUGGCGCCGCUGUCCUUCCAGAACCCCGUGUACCAGAUGGCCGCGGGGCUGCCCCUGUCCCCCCGCGGCCUGGGCGACUCGGGCUCCGAGUGCCACAGCUCGCUCAGCUCGCACAGCAACAGCGAGGAGCUGACGGCCAACAAGCACGGCUUCGCCGGCCCCGCCGCCGCCGAGGACUUCUCCCGCCGGCCGGGGGAGCUGGCCCGGCGGCAGCUCUCGCUCACCGAGAAGGGCGGGCAGCCCACCAUGCCGCGGCAGAACAGCGCGGGGCCGCAGCGCCGCAUCGACCAGCCGCCCCCGCCGCCCCCGCCCGUGUCCCGCGGCCGCACCCCGCCGUCCCUGCUCAACACCGUGCAGUACCCGCGGCCCUCCAGCGGCAGCAUGAUGUCCUCCUCGCCAGACUGGCCCGGCAGCGGGGCCCGGCUCCGCCAGCAGUCCUCCUCCUCCAAGGGCGACAGCCCCGAGAUGAAGCAGCGCACGAUGCACAAACAGGCCCCUUCUCCUGUGAACCCCAAUGCCCUGGACCGCACUGCUGCUUGGCUUUUGAAUAUGAACAUGCAGUUUUUAGAAGAUGAAAGCAUUGACCCAGAUUCCAAGCACAGGGAUAAGCUCAGGAAUAAGGACGAGCUCAGCCAAGCAGAAAAGUACCAGCAGGACCUGGUGGUGCUGCAGGACAAGCUCCGCAUCUCCAACAAGAAGCUGGAGGAGUACGAGACCCGCUUCAAAUGCCAGGAGGAGACCACGCAGAAGCUGGUGCUGGAGUACCAGGCCAGGCUGGAGGAGAGCGAGGAGCGGCUCCGGAGGCAGCAGGAGGAUAAGGAGAUCCAGAUGAAGGGCAUCAUCAGCAGACUGAUGUCAGUGGAGGAGGAGCUGAAGAAGGACCACGCUGAAAUGCAGGCUGCCGUGGAUUCCAAGCAGAAGAUCAUCGAUGCACAGGAGAAACGCAUCGCUUCCCUGGACGCUGCCAACGCACGGCUAAUGAGUGCCCUCACUCAGCUGAAAGAGAGGUACAGCAUGCAGACACGUAAUGGGAUCUCCCCCACAAACCCAACUAAAUUGCAGAUUACAGAGAAUGGAGAAUUCAGAAACAGCAGUAAUUGCUGACGCGCGGCGGGCGCUGCCGCGGGAGGAGGCCUGGCCGGAGGGACCCUGAGCCGAGAACGCCCGAGCACCAGCUCCUGACUGCGGACGGCGCCGACCCAGCCGUGGGAGAUGCCAAUGCCAGCACUUUGAGGGACGGGAAUGUCGAGUGUGAGAUGAGUGGCAUAAGGAAAUAACACAUAUUCGAGAAUCGCUGUCACUGUUGGAUUUGAAUCAGUGUUUAAUGUUUAAACAGAAGUAACCUUUUCCUUCCAAACUGGCCUAAAGGAUAUGCCUCACCCCUCCCCAGCAAGGAGUAACGUCCUUGUCGUGUCAGUCAGCGAAGUAAAGGGAGCUGGGCAGGGCCUGCAGCAGGCAGGGCCCGGUAAGCCCAGCCCGAGCGUGCUGCUGGAUGUAGCGUCCGAGGGACGGCAGCAGAGCCCGGCCCGCUCCUCCUGUGCCUCCCCCCGGAGCACAGCCCUCCCAGGGUGAACCCCAGCCCAGCCCAGCCUCCUUCCCGAUGUGGCCUGUGCGAGGCCACUGACUUUCACAGCAUCCACAGGGCAUUUACGCAGCUAAUUAGUGUGUAAUUAACUCCGCCCAUCCAGGGAGCACAGUGCAGAUGGAAGGUCAGGGCGUGCAGUGGCCAGAGGGGUGCUGUGUGGGGGACCCCGCUGGCAGGGCAGUGGAGAUGGGCAGGACUGGUGCUGCUGGGGCUCCCGGGGUCCCUGGGCAGCCCAGGGGCACGGGGCCAGGCCAAGGCUCUGGCACAGGAGAGGAGGGAGGAGCUGGCACCUGGUGAAUGGCGACCCCGAUUCCUGUCAACUGCUUCUGCUCCCUCUCAAAUAAAGGGGAAGAGUUGUGUAAGCAAUAGCCCCAGGCACUGUCCCACCUGCACUUCCAGCCACAGAAUAAAGUGAAUGUUGCCUGA